AUGGCCGAGUUCGUAAUCCUCCGAGAUUCCACAGCCUACAACAUCAUUUUGGGAAGAAAAACAAUCAACGAUUUUGAAGCCAUAAUCAACACCAAGCUGCUAGUUAUGAAGUUCGUUACCGAUGACGGAUCCAUAGGCACCAUAAGGGGAGACCUCGAGACGGCGGUCGCUUGUGACAACGCCAGCCGUUCCCUUCGAAAGAAGUCCAAGGAAGCAUCCGGCGUGUUCCUAGCCGACCUUGAUGCCAGAGUAGAGGACAGGACGAGGCCAGAACCAGAAGGGGACCUGGAGAAGUUUAGAAUCGGUGACGAAGAGGAAAAGUUCACAUUCGUCAACAAGAACCUCCCACAUGAGCUGAAGGAACCUUUGAUUGAAAUGAUAAGGGCCAACAGGGACUUGUUCGCCUGGACACCAGCCGACAUGCCGGGCAUAGAUCCAAAAAUCAUCUCACAUCAUCUAGCCGUCAAGGCGGAAGCACGCCCAGUGGCUCAGCGAAGGAGAAAGAUGUCGGCGGAAAGGGCAGAGGAGGUAGCCAAGCAAACGGCCAGCCUCCUAGAAGCAGGCUUCAUACGGGAAGUGGACUGCUCGACAUGGCUCUCGAAUGUGGUAUUGUAUGACAUACGGUACGAGCCCCGGCAAGCCAUCAAGGCGCAGGCCAUGGCGGAUUUUUUAGUUGAAGUAACGGGAGACCCAAGCGAAGACGUGAGUACACGGUGGAAGCUCCAUGUGGACGGAGCCUCCAACCAGACCUUUGGAGGUGCCGGGAUCAUCCUGGAAAGCCCGAUUGGGGUUGUAUACGAACAGUCGGUCAGAUUCGAAUUUCCCAUCUCGAACAACCAGGCAGAAUAUGAAGCCCUUAUAGGAGGCUUAACCCUAGCGGCAGAAGUCGGCGCGAGAAGACUGGAAAUAUGCAGCGACUCCCAAGUCGUCACUUCCCAAGUAAACGGUAGCUACCAAGCCAAAGACCCCUUGCUUCAGAAGUACCUGGAAAAGGUUAAAAGCUUGAGCCAAAAGUUCGAAGAGGUCACGGUCCACCACGUACCUAGAGAAAGGAACACACGGGCAGACCUCCUGUCGAAGUUAGCUAGCACAAAGCCGGGAGAAGGGAACCGGUCUCUCAUCCAAGGCAUGACGAGAGAACCAGCAAUCACACUGCACGUGACAAGCCUAGGUUCUUCAUGGCUAGACCCCAUCACCGACUUCCUAGAACAUGGCAAACUCCCCGAUGAUGAAAAGGACGCGGCAAAAUUGAGAAGGGAAGCGGCCAAAUACACCGUCAUCCAAGGACAGUUGUUCAGGAAAGGGCUCAACCAACCCCUACUGAAGUGCCUUCACCCCGAUCAGACGGACUACGUCUUAAGAGAAGUCCAUGAGGGCUGCUGUGGGCACCACAUCGGAGGCAAGGCCCUAGCGAGGAAACUAAUCCGAAACGGAUACUAUUGGCCGUCAAUGAUGGCAGACUCCAAAGAGUUCGUCAAAAAAUGCGUAAAGUGCCAACAGAACGCCAACUUUGCCAGGGCGCCUGCCUCCGAGUUAAGCUUGCUGACGACUUCUCGACCGUUCUCUCAAUGGGGAGUCGACCUCUUAGGGCCUUUCCCAGUCGGCCCGGGGCAAGUCAAAUACCUCAUUGUCGCAAUUGACUACUACACCAAAUGGAUAGAAGCCGAACCGCUAGCCAGCAUAUCCUCAUCUAAUUGCAGGAAGUUCAUGUGGAGACAGGUGGUAACGCGAUUCGGGAUACCGGAAGUCGUCAUUUCCGACAACGGCACGCAAUUUACUGAUAAGAAGUUCAUGAAAUUCCUCAACGGCCUGGGCAUAAAGCAAAGGUUCUCUUCGGUAGAACACCCUCAGACGAACGGACAAGUGGAGUCCGCCAACAAGGUUAUCCUUUCAGGGCUAAAAAAGAGGUUGGACAACAAAAAGGGUGCUUGGGCCGACGAGCUAGCAUCGGUCCUCUGGUCUUACCGAACAACCGAGCAAUCCUCCACCAAGGAAACUCCUUUCCGACUAACGUACGGGGUGGAUGCAGUAAUACCCGUAGAGAUCGGUGAACUGAGUCCGCGGUUGCUUUUGAAAGGAGUAGAGGAAACCGUAGAAAAGGACUUGAUAGAUGAAGCCCGGGAAAUGGCCCAUUUGACAGAAACGGCGCUAAAACAGAGAAUGGCUCUGCGCUACAACACCAAAGUGCUCAAAAGGGAAUUCGAGCCAAACGACCUCGUCCUAAGGCGGAAUGAUAUCGGCCUGCCGACCCCCGGAGAGGGCAAGCUAGCGGCUAACUGGGAAGGCCCCUACAGGGUCAAAAAGAUAAACCAUCUCGUCAUGACUAACGACGACGCGCAACCCGGGACUGAUCACCCCGGGAGAUCGUCAACUACCGCUGUAACAAAUAACUACACGAAAGGCCACGGGCCGCCGGAAUAA